CCCUUUUCCAUACUGCUUUCUGAUUGGGUUAUUCCUAUCACGUGAUCCAGAAGUGAAAGGUUUCUGGUUUUUCCGGAGGUGAACCUGAAGCCAUCAUCAUGCAGAGCACAGCCAACUACCUGUGGCUCAUCUCAGACCUGCUGGGCCAGGGAGCUACAGCUAACGUCUACCGUGGCAGACACAAGAAAACGGGGGACCUAUAUGCGGUGAAGGUGUUCAACAACCUCAGUUUCCUGCGACCACUCGACGUCCAAAUGAGAGAGUUUGAGGUCCUGAAGAAACUCAACCAUAAGAACAUCGUCAAGCUGUUCGCUGUGGAGGAGGAGUCCAACACCCGCCACAAGGUGUUGGUGAUGGAGUAUUGUCCCUGUGGGAGUCUGUAUACGGUGCUGGAGGAGUCUUCUAAUGCCUACGGACUCCCCGAGGAUGAGUUCCUUAUCGUGCUACAGGACGUGGUAGCCGGUAUGAACCAUCUCAGAGAGUACGGCAUCGUGCACCGUGACAUCAAACCAGGCAACAUCAUGCGUGUCAUCGGCGAGGAUGGGAGGUCCGUCUAUAAGCUGACUGAUUUCGGAGCAGCCAGAGAACUAGAUGACGAUGAGCAGUUUGUCUCUCUUUACGGCACUGAGGAAUAUCUGCACCCUGACAUGUAUGAGCGUGCAGUGCUGAGGAAAGAGCACCAGAAGAAGUAUGGUGCGACGGUUGACCUGUGGAGCAUCGGAGUCACCUUCUUCCACGCUGCCACCGGGUCCCUCCCCUUCAGACCCUUCGAAGGACCACGCAGGAACAAGGAAGUCAUGUAUAAAAUCAUCACAGAGAAGCCAUCAGGAACCGUCUCUGGGCAGCAGAAGUUUGAGAACGGGAAGAUUGAGUGGAGCACAGAGAUGCCUGUCUCCUGCAACCUGUCCAAGGGACUCCAGAGCUUGCUGACCCCAGUCCUAGCCAACAUCUUGGAGGCUGACCAGGAGAAGUGUUGGGGCUUUGACCAGUUCUUUGCUGAGACCAGUGAUAUCCUGCAUCGUACCGUGGUGUUGGUCUUCAGUCUACAGCAGGCUACUCUCCACUACAUCUACAUCCACCAGUACAAUACGGCGACUCUCUUCCAGGAGCUGUUGUCUCGUCGGUGCAGUAUCCCGGUCCACAACCAGGAGCUACUGUACGAGGGGCGACGCCUACAGCUUGAGCCCAACCGCCAAGCCCAGACCUUCCCACGGACCUCCAGAGACAAUCCCAUCAUGCUGCUCAGCAGAGAGUCCGUAGCUACAGUGGGGCUCAUCUUCGAGGACCCGAGUCCUCCUAAAGUCCAGCCUCGCUACGAUCUGGACCUGGAUGCCAGCUAUGCCAAGACGUUUGCAGGAGACGUGGGCCACCUGUGGAAGACCUCAGACUCCCUGUUGGUUUGUCAGGAGCUGGUCAGGAAGGGAGUCAGGGGACUGAUUGAGUUGAUGAAGGAGGACUACAGCGAGAUGGUACAUAAGAAGUCAGAGGUCAUCCACGUCUGUCACUACUGCGCUCAGAUCCUGGAGAGGACAGAGCAGCUGUACGAGGUGUUAAUGCAGGCCAAUAUGUUGUCGUCGUCAGAAUACGAUGAGAUCUCAGACAUGAGGAAGAAAAUAGUCCUUAUCUCUAACUCCUUAGUCCCCAUGGAGCAGACGGUUCAGGACAUCAAGAGUAAGUUCCUGUCAGGUGGUGUUCUGACGGACAGCUGGACUCAAGCUGGAACACACCCCGAAGACAGGAAUGUUGAGAGGAUCAAGGUUCUCCUGGACUCCAUUACAGCCAUCUACCACCAGUUUAAGAAGGACAAGGCUGAGAGACGUCUGCCGUACAACGAGGAACAAAUACACAAAUUUGACAAACAGAAGCUGGUGUUCCAUGCCACCAAGGCCAGGUCUCUGUUUACAGAGGAGUGUGCCAUGAAGUACCGCCUCUUCAUCUCUAAGAGCGAGGAGUGGAUGAGGAAGGUGCAUCAUGUGAGGAAGCAGCUGAUUGGUCUAACCAGCCAAUUCAACAGCGUGGAGAAAGAAGUUUCCAUGGUGAUGGAGAGAGUUAUUAAGCUACAGGAGCAGUUACCUGGUAAGGUGCUACCUCUGGCAUCCAGUGGUAUGGUGAAGCCUCAAGCCUACCUCAGCCAGAGCACCUUGGUAGAGAUGACCCUGGGGAUGAAGAAGCUGAAGGAAGAGAUGGAGGGGGUAGUAAAGGAGUUGGCCGAGAACAACCACUUCCUGGAGAGGUUUGGCUCUUUGACAUUGGAUGGAGGAAUGAGAAGUGUGGACCGUAUCUGAGACCAUGUGGCACCUCGCUACACCCUACACCUUUACCCAACCUCCCUACCCACCCUACACCUUCACCCAACCUCCAUACCCACCCUACACCUUCACCCAACCUCUAUACCCACCCUACACCUUCACCCAACCUCCAUACCCACCCUACACCUUCACCCAACCUCCAUACCCACCCUACACCUUCACCCAACCUCCAUACCCACCCAACCUCCAUACCCACCCUACACCUUCACCCAACCUCCGUACCCACCCUACACCUUCAUCCAACCUCCAUACCCACCCUACACCUUCACCCAACCUCCCUACCCACCCUAAACCCUCCCCCUGACUCUCAACCCACCCUAAACCCUCACUUGUCGACUCUCAACCCACCCUAAACCCUCACUCGUCAACUCUCACCCACCCUAAAUCUCCACCUCAUUCCACUUUCUAGACCAGGGGUCUCCAACCUUUUCAAGCAUGAGAGCUACCUUCAAAUAGACCCGUUGUGCUCCUCUCCCUGCAACUCUUCCCCGGGUCCUUAGUGUACAAGAGGCCCUAUGUUUUCUGUCGAUAUACCUGGCAAAACAAUGGUUUAAUAAACACUAAAGGAGGCCCUAUAAAAUCUGAGAUGGUUUUUAUCUCCCAAAUCCUUCUGUUUUCUGUUUUCCUAUAUUCUGUUUUCUCAGUUGAUGUAUUUCGUUUUUUACUCUCAAAACGGCAUGUUCUGAGUCCAUGUCAAUGUUUAAAUCACAUCAGAAGAAACUAUUUUUAGGUUUGGAAGAAAACGAACACGUUUAGAUUUUUGGAGUGCAAUUCCCUUUUAAUUGUGCCGUUUUAAUGUGCCGGUCUGUGGUGGUUCAGUACUGCUGCUGCUGAUUUCAUGGCAUAGUUUACCAAAAAACAAACAGUAGAUACAAAUGAUGUACUUCUUCUAGGUAAGCCUACUUUACAGUUAACAUUUAAUAUGGUUUUGGGGGAAAGUAUUUCUGUCAAUCUACAAGGCAGUUAUCACAUCAACUGGCGUUACACUGAAUGACAGACAAACACCGGACGGACAGACGCCAUAUUGCUGAAAAUGAAUUGGCAGAUAAUGUGUUAGGUUUGGCUUUUUAAUCCAAUAGUGGCUAACCAGGGGUGGGAUAAUGUCGAUGUUGCCUUGAUUAGAUAGUAGCUGGGAGCUUGCGGUGUCUCUGAUACUUGUGAAAUUGAAUGUACUUUCAGAAUAUUUUGGCGAGCUACUAAUAGGUGGGCUGGUAGCUACUGGUAGCUGGUGAUCGACCUGUUGGAGAGCCCUGAUCUAGACCCUGACCCCUACCUGACCCCCACUUCAAUCCACUAUCUAGACCCUGACCCCGACCUCAAUCCACUAUCUAGACCCUGACCCCCACCUCAAUCCACUAUCUAGACCCUGACCCCUACCUGACCCCCACCUCAAUCCACUAUCUAGACCCUGACCCCUACCUGACCCCUACCUCAAUCCACUAUCUAGACCCUGACACCUACCUGGCCCCCCACCUCAAUCCACUAUCUAGACCCUGACCCCUACCUGACCUCCACCUCAAUCCACUAUCUAGACCAUGACCCCUACCUGACCCCCACUUCAAUCCACUAUCUAGACCCCCACACCCACCUCAAUCCACUAUCUAGUCCCUGACCCCUACCUUAAUCCACUAUCUAGACCCCCACACCCACCUCAAUCCACUAUCUAGACCAUGACCCCUACCUGACCCCCACCCCCACUUCAAUCCACUAUCUUGAGCCUGACCCCAUACAUGACCCCCACCUCAAUCCACUAUCUAGAUCCUGACCCCCACCUCAAUCCACUAUCUAGACCCUGACCCCCACCUGACCCCUACCUCAAUCCACUAUCUAGACCCUGACACCUACCUGGCCCCCCACCUCAAUCCACUAUCUAGACCCUGACCCCUACCUGACCUCCACCUCAAUCCACUAUCUAGACCAUGACCCCUACCUGACCCCCACUUCAAUCCACUAUCUAUACCCCCACACCCACCUCAAUCCACUAUCUAGACCCUGACCCCUACCUCAAUCCAGUAUCUAGACCCCCACACCCACCUCAAUCCACUAUCUAGACCAUGACCCCUACCUGACCCCCACCCCCACUUCAAUCCACUAUCUUGACCCUGACCCCAUACCUGACCCCCACCUCAAUCCACUAUCUAGACCCUGACCCCGACCUCAAUCCACUAUCUAGACCCUGACCCCGACCUCAAUCCACUAUCUAGACCCUGACCCCGACCUCAAUCCACUAUCUAGACCCUGACCCCCACCUCAAUCCACUAUCUAUUCCCUGACCCCCACCUCAAUCCACUAUCUAUUCCCUGACCCCUAACUGACCCCACCAGUUUACACCCCUAACCCCUAACUGACCCCACCAGUCUACAGUCUUGACCCCUGACCCCUACUUGACCCCACCAGUCUACAGUCUCGACACUGACCCCGACCUGACCCCACCAGUCUACAGUCUAGACCCCUGACCCCUACCUGACCCCACCAGUCUACAGUCUUGACCCCUGACCCCUAACCUGAUCCCACCAGUCUCGACACUGACCCCUACUUGACCCCACCAGUCUACAGUCUCGACACUGACCCCGACCUGACCCCACCAGUCUACAGUCUAGACCCCUGACCCCUACCUGACCCCACCAGUCUACAGACGAGAACCCUGACCCCUACCUGACCCCCUACCAGUCUAGACGCUGCAGAGAAAGGAGAAUGUUCCCUCAUCUAGCCAGCGGUAUAUAAUUCCUGUGUAUAUACAUGUGUGCUUCAUGUUGUAAAUAGUCUGAGUCUGUAAUGUGUAUUAUUAUGAAUGAGUUCUCUCUCUUCUGGCCUCUUCUCCAAGCUGGCAACUUCUGUUAGAGACUAAAGAGGGGAAAUGUCCUUCAGGAAUCAACGUUGGAUUACCAGAUAGUAGUUCUUACUACUACACUGUCCCAAAAUGGCCCGCUAUUUCCUUUCUCGUGCUCUACCCAUAGUGCACUACUUCUGACCAGAGCCCAGAGGGGAAUAGGGGGUCAUUUGGGAUGGGCCCUCUGUGUUGCUGUAGUGCACUAUGAGGGGAAUAGGGGGUCAUUUGGGAUGGGUCCUCUGUGUUGCUGUAGUGCACUAUGAGGGGAAUAGGGGGUCAUUUGGGAUGUGUCCUCUGUGUUGCUGUAGUGCACUAUGAGGGGAAUAGGGGGUCAUUUGGGAUGCACCCUCUGUUGUUGCCUUUAGUUUAAUUUAGUCUACAGAUCUUUUUUACUUCCUGUUUUGUUAACAGGGUUUUAUUUUACUUCCUGUUUUGUUAACAGGGUUUUAUUCAUCAUCUCUGUUGCCCAUCUGGUAUAAAUAUUAAAAUGGCUCACAGGCUCAGAUUAUAGUUGUUGCUCUUUUAAAAUAAAAUCCUACUGUCCUUAA